GUGUAUAAUUCCUCCACACACACUGUUUCUUAGUAUAGGGUCCGACAGGAGCUCGCUACUCGUUCGCUAAAUUUAGCUAACACGCUUUACAGAAGCUAAUGUUACUAACUCAGCUACCGUCAUUUGUCCAGGAACAGCGUUACAGGCUGGUCCCAUACUGCCGUCAGUGCGUAUAUCUACAUAAACCCUGCAUGUGUGCUUUAUGUGAGGCAUAAAAGAAGCACUCUGUUUGGUGCACAGUUUUCGUCUUUGUUUACAAAUGUAGCGUUAGCACAGUCUGCAGACUGCUGUUGGCCAGCCAGUGUUACCUGUUCAGUCAGUGUAAAAGUAUUACUACACCUAGUAGACUAAGAGCACAUGCUUGAAGAUCAUUUUACCUUUCUGCUCAAGGACUCAGACAGGAAGAACCUGCCCUUCUCACCUGUCCUUUAAAGAGAUUAUUUUAGAGAAAAGCUGAAUUGUUCUUCUGAUGGUCAGCCAUGGAUGAAGAUGACAGCCAAGAUGAGCUGAUCAACCGCAAUACAUCCCAGAGCAAAGGGAAAAGGGCUGCGUUGUGGGCCAUCUCAGAUGACUCAGAUGAUGUUGAAGAGGAGUCUGAGGAGGGAGAAUCUGACAGUGGUGAGGAGGAAGAAGAGGAGGGUCACCUAGAUGGAGAGGAGGAGGAGGAGGAGGAGGAGGAGGAAGAAGAAGAGGAGGAUGAUGAGGAAGAAGAGGAAGACGUUAAGGCUGAGGAUGGAGCUUUUGGGGGAACAUCUGCUGACCUUGCGGGGAUGAGCUCGGAUGAAGACACAGACAGGUGUCCCAUCUGCCUUAACUCAUUUAACAGCCAGCCUGUUGCAACACCAGAGAGCUGUGAGCACUAUUUCUGUCUCGACUGCAUCCUUGAAUGGACCAAGAAUGCCAACUCGUGUCCUGUAGACCGUAUUGCCUUCAACAGCAUAUACCUAAGGAAAUGUUACGGAGGCAAAGUGAAGAAAAUGAUCACAGUUCAAAAGCCUGUGAAGGAAGGUCAAGAGGAAAGAGUAGAUUUGGACCUGGAGCAGACCAGCUGUGAGGUCUGUGGAGGCAGUGACCGUGAGGACCGCCUCUUGCUCUGCGAUGGCUGUGAUGCUGGGUAUCACAUGGAGUGUCUCACGCCACCUCUGGACUCUGUUCCUGUAGAGGAAUGGUUCUGCCCCGAGUGUGAAGCCAACAACCGUCACUCAAGGGGUUCAGCUGAAGAAGUUAGUGACACAGAGAGCCUACCUUCUACUGCCCAUCCUGCUACCAGUCGCUCCCAGUCCCACGCUGCCGGUCCCACUAGAGCUAUCGCCCGGACUCAGCAGAGUGAGAGGGUUCGAGCUAAUGUCAACCGUCAUCGCAUCACACAGGCACGCACAUCACAGUUGGCUCCUACGUAUCUAAUACAGUCUACUUGGCUGGAUGAAACAAUUAAUGCUGUAGUGGCUGGGCUCAACACGUCUGUGUAUAUACGAGACUUCACACCUCGUGUCCCAUCUGGCCACAGGCGCAGAAAGCGCAGAAAGGUAAAAAGGAGGAAGACAUCUUCUGCUCUGGGUAAAAUGGCAAGUACAGGAGUGAAGAGGAGGAAACGGAAAAUGAGGAGGACUAAAUCCAAAAGAAAAGCAAUGUUGAAAAAGGCAGCCACUCCUCGACGCCGUAUUGCUAAUAAUCUGGGAAUUGUAAAGGACAAGAAGAGCUCUUCGCUUCCUACAGUAUACCGACCAUCAGAGAACACGCUGAGUGGCAUGCGUGCUGACAUAGGUGCUGCAUCCCUGUCUAUCUAUGGAGAUCCAUUUGACCUGGAUCCAUUUACGGAACGUGAGGAGGAAGAACAGCAGGCAAAUGUUACAUCACUGUUGGAGGCCAAGAGACGAGGAAUCUCUCGCUCUGCCCUUCGCUCUCACCAGCCUGUUGCUCGACCAGUCACUGCAAGCCUUUCCAGGAGGGGUAUGGAUGUCCCCCAAUCAGGGGGUGUUGUGGAGGCGGCUCCUGUACCUGACCUACUGGGCAGCAUCUUAUCAGGACAGAGCAUGCUCUUGAUGGACAGCUCUGAUGUCGUUAUUAAUCGAGAUGGUUCCCUUAAAGCUACAAAGCCAAUAAUGCCAUCUGCAAUAAAGCCAGGUUGCAGCAGAAGUAGUAGCUCAGGAGAUGCCAGCAGCCAGAUCAACCAAGUGAUGUCACCCAACGAAGGAGACAGUUUUCUGUCUUCUCACUCCAAUGGAGACCUACCGGGAUCCUCCCAUAGCUGCACGAACAGACCUUUCUCCCAGAGAUCUUCUCACUCUCCCGCCUCUGUGACCUCCUCAGCCAGCCACAUCCAACCAUCUCCCCAUUCAGAUUUACCACCCCGAGGUCAUCCGAGUUUGCACCCUCCUCGUCCAAUCAGACACGCCCAUCCUCCUGGUCAUCGGGGAACCAAUGGAAUUAGAACCCCCAGCCCCACCUCAUCCAUCCACCCCACAAUGGACUCCAGCUCCAAGAGCAAGGGAAUAGCCCCAUCACAUUCCCAAUCUAAAAAAGCACCUACAAAGCCCAUGUGGGUAGAUGUGUCAGUGCUUCCUAGGAUACCAAAAAUAAAAAGGGAGAGCAGCGGUAUCACAACUGAUGGCAGUAGCAGUAGUAGUAAUGGUUACGGCAUGCUCGAAACAGGCAUGAACAGCCUUGCUGGGGACAAGGGAAGGCAGCAAAGUGUAGACCAGAAAAAGGGCAGGGCUGACGGUCAUGCCCAGAGGCAGAGGCCUGAUGGAGCAGGCUCGUCAUCUGCCUUCUCCAACUCAUUCUCCUCUUCUUCCUCUUCCACUGGUUCCCCAGCCAGCCAUUCACGUUAUUCCUCUUCAUCUUCAUCUUCAUCAGCAGUGAGCUUCCGCAUUAACUCCAGUGGGAAUGCCUGGCAUUCAAGGCAGCUAAGUGGCGCGUCAUCCUCUGCCAGUGGAGGCAGCAUGCAGGAACCCUGGAGAGACAAAGAAGAUGAAGCAAGAAAGAGACAGCUCCACAGGGAUAAACAGAUGCUCUUGGCAUCACGUACACUGGUCAAUCAGGAACAAGAAAGUAAUAAUAUCUAUGAUCCCUUUAAUCCCACUCUCUCAGACUCAAACAGCUCAGACGAUGAAGCUGAGAGCUCAAGUCUGGAUGGUAGCUCCCGAAAUGCCACACGUGAGGUGAAGGCCCCUAGUUUAGGAAAUAAGGAGGGUUUAGUGCAAAGCAAGCGGGACUUGGUUCGUGUGAAAACUGAAUCACAGGAGAUUGAGAUUUCAGAAGAAGAACCAAGGAGAGUCAGUGCUCAGGAAACGUUAUUACAGGAGACCAGAUCUUCAGAGGUAUGUGUAAAGGUUGAAAAAGAAUCAAGACUAGUAGACACUAAGGCUGACAAACGAACAGCAUUGCUUGACACUAAAGUUAAGAUAGAGCCAGGGUUAGAUGAUGGAGGGGGAGCUAAAAGGUUUGGUGACAGGGUAAAAAGUUGGAAUUCGGAGACAGCAGACACCAUACCACUGGAUCGUUUAAAGACUGAGAGAGAGACUCUGGAAGAGGAGAGUGUUGGAACUCCCAACAGUGCUCCCCCUAAUUAUAAGAAUGAUUCAUCAUCCUCCAGCUCUGCUCCCACCAAGAAGAAACAAAAGGCUGAAACUAAAUCAGAAACUAAAUUGUCUCGUUCCAAGUCCCCAUCUAGAGAUUUGGGCCAUAAGAAGAAAACCUUUCAAGCUUCCAAAGAGCAACGCUCUAGCACUCCAGAGACAGACAGAGGCAAGAGGGAAGACCAUCACACCUCAGGCCAGGAAGGCCGGCAGAAAGAGAAGAAGGACAGAGAAAACAGUUGCAGGCGAUCAAGGUCCAGAGAGAGGAGGAGGGCACGCUCCACCUCAGAAAGCUCUCAGUCCAAUUCCCCUGAUAGGACUCGCAGAAAGAGACGGCGGACCCAGUCACGAUCCAAAGACAGGAGGCGAUCAAGGUCUGGUUCAAGCACGAGUAGCAGGGAGCGUUCACGGAGGAAGAAACAAAAACAAAGCAAGGAGAGAAAUGAUGGCAGAGAAAGGGACUGUGAAAGAAGACGGGUAUCAAAGGACAAGAGACGUGGCCGGUCUCGCUCGAAAUCUCGGUCAAAAUCACGUUCCAGGUCCACAUCGAGAUCGAAGAACCGUAAACGUGGUCGGUCUUGCUCAAAAUCACGGUCCAGGUCCAGAUCUAGGGAAAGGAGGACAGACCAUGCAUGUCUGCAACAAUCGCCUCUCCCCUCCAAAGACAAGGUAGAGUCCCGAUCAAAAGACAAGAGGAGACACAGGACUAGAUCCAGUUCAAAAGAGAGAAAGAAAGAAGAUGGGUCAUCAUCCAAGAGUUCACAGAAAACUUCAGGGUCUGGUGUUUCAUCCUCUAAAGAUGACACAAAACUGUUACAGGCCAAGAAAAAAGAGAAGGAUAUCAUUCGAAGCUCCAUCAAAGAGGAAAAAGUCGCUACAGUAAACGAACAGGAGACUCCCUCCUGUACCUCUGCCUCUAAAGUUAAAAAACAAGACAAUGACCUCAGAGCAGACACCCAGGCCACAACAGCAGAAGCAGCAACAGAGACAACGGUUGGAAAAGAAAUUAAGAAAGAAAAACAACCAUGUCUUGAUAUGUUUGAAGAUUCUCCUAUUACUAAACCAAUUAAGAAAGAAGAGACUGACAUCCUUGCUUUGACGGUAGUCCAAGGUAAAGAUGCAGAGGGAAACAAAGACCCUAUAAAGACAAAGAUGAUCAAGUCUGAGCCUUGUGAAAUGAUCAAGUCUGAGUCUUGUGAAAUGAUCAAGUCUGAGCCUUGUGAAAUCCCCAUAAUUAAAUCCGAGCCAGGUUCCCCAGAAAUAUGCCACUUGUCCUCUGUCACCUCGUUUUCUACACAGAACACACCUGUUACAACAGACAGCCUCCAGGAUAAAGUCUCUCAGUCUCACCCAGUAUUAACAGCCUCCACCGAACAACCAAACACUGCUGCCUUGACUGUCCUUGUCAAGCAGGAAGUUCAACUACCCUCAGACUCUGAUGAUGACUUCAGUGUUGAUGUGAUGCUUGACAACCUGGACUACGUGAAGUCUGAGCACACAGAGGGAAGCGCUGUGUCUGUCAAACAAGAGAAGGAAGUAGAGGAGGGAAAGAAUGACUCCACAGUAAUGGGAGUGAAAUCUAAGACUCAAGUGAAGAGGGUUACCUGGAAUAUACAGGAGCCUGAAGGGCCUCAACCAGGGAAAUCUGCAAGCAAGCUGGCUCUGUAUAAAUUGAGACUGAAGCAGGAAGGAGCUCGCAGACCCUCUUCAACAGGCCAGACGUCCACUCAGGACAUCCCUGGAACUGUCAGUGACCCCACCAAGAAGGGUGCUGUUGGUCGGCUCAGUAGCUCCUCUAGAUCUGAUAGUGUACAUCCUGAGGGCUUAUCAACCACUGCACAAGGAGAGGCAGAGGAAGGGGAUUUGUCAAGAAAAGACACAUACCUGAAGAAGCUGCACAUGCAGGAGAGGGCUAUAGAGGAGGUGAAGCUAGCUAUCAAGCCUUUCUACCAGAGGAGAGACAUCAACAAGGAUGAAUACAAAGAGAUUCUACGCAAAGCUGUCCAGAAGGUGUGCCACAGCAAGAGCGGGGAGAUCAACCCAGUGAAGGUUGGCAAUCUAGUCAAGGCAUAUGUGGACAAAUACAAACAUGCUAGGAAACACAAGAAAGAGGAGGACUCGGGGAAGGCACAGGAGGUUCAGACUGAGGCCAUGACAAUGUCUGACAGCCCCUGAGGAGGCGUCAACUACAGGCAAGGACAGACUCUCCCACUGGAAACACUUCAUAUAUUGUAUUACAGUAUGUUGUACUGUUUGUCCGACCACUGGGUGUGAUCUCAAACUCUUUGACAUAAAUGAUUUAUUAAGAUUUGCUCACAGCUUCAAGAUGGAACUUUUUGUCUAAUGUUGGGCUUUCUAUCUUAACAGAUUUUUCUUUUUGUUGAUCACUUGAACAACACCUAUUGGUGUCUUGUGCUUGGACCGUCACUGCCAAGAACCAGUGUUUUUGUGUAGUACAGCUCAGAAACUUAAUAGGAGACCUUGAGGUUGUGCCUUAAAGAGGCAAAUCUCAAAAGACCUUCCAUGGAGUGAUAAAUCAGGUAGCUUUCUCCACAAGCAUAUCACUGGGAGGAUGCAGCGUGGGCUUUGAGUUUUCUACUGUUUUGUUUUUGUUUAUGGGAGGGAGGGGGUAUUUAAAGCUCAUUUUGUUGGUUAAGAAGUGUCAUAAACGUAUGCAGAGUAUGCAUAUUAAAGAUUUGUCAGAUUAAGGAAAGACACUGUUAUGCAAUUUUUGUAGAAAAUUUAUCAGUAGAGUAAUCAAACAAUUUUAGAUUUGGUUGUAAAUAAUAUAGAUUUGAUAUAUCCACUUAUAUGUUUCUUUCAUCUGUGUUGCCUGUUGUGAAUGACAUGAAUGGUUCUAGUUUGUAUAGUUAACUUGUUUGUGUUACCUCUGUUUUCCGUCUUCCACAUCUCUGAUAUCCAAGUGUGUCUAAGGAGCUCAAUGUAGUCCAGCAUACUAAGGGGGAAUUUUGGCUCAGUGGUUUGAAUGAUGGAGUCACUCUUCUCAGAUAACAGCCUCUUCUCUUUAGGUGUACUUGUUUUGUUAUGUUCUCAGCGUUAAUCCUUUUUUUCAACCCACGUUUGAAAUGUAGAAAACCAGGGAACAUUUUGUUUUUGUGCCAAAUGAGUAAAAAUAAUGAUAAUAAAAGAGAAAUGUACCAUUUCCUUGAAUAAGUGAGAUUUAAUUUGUUUUUGGGCAUUCUGUUUUUAAACAACGGAGACUAUGACACCACAAUGUAGUAGGCAGUGUAGAUUUUAUUUUGGAGUGAAAAGGAUUAUAGCACUGAUUUCAUUGUCACUGUCCAACCUGAUGCUCUCACUGUCCACAAGCAUUUUAACUAAAGUUUUUUUUUUUUCUUAUUGUGUUUCAUGUUUAUUUACAAGUAUUAAGCUCAUUUUAUUGCCAUGAUUUCAUGGUUAUGUGAGAUCAAUUUAUAGUCCACAUACUGGAAAAGUAAUGGAACAUCUCAGAAGUCAGCAUUUCCAAGGUAGGUAUGAAAGCCUUUAGUUGUGAAUAUUAACAGAAUCUUUUCAGUGUUAACCUUGAGAUGUCUGCGGUAUUUAGGCCUCAUUAUGACUGCUUUAUCGUUGUGUCUUUAGCCCAGAUCUUACUCUGCAUUGAUUUCUUGAACAGAAAUGUUAGAAACUCAGCUUAUUCAUUGUGUUGUCUAUAGUAGUUUGUUUGUUUGCCUACUGUAAAGACAGAUUAAGCGGGUGGUUGGACUUGCCUUUUACUUUGUUGUCAUGUUUAAUUUGGCUUUAUAAAGCCAAGGUUUAGGAGUGGAAGAAUCUCAAAAACAGGUGCUCAUGUUUGUCUGAAUGUAUUUUACUUUUUUCUGCAUUUACUUGAUUGAACAGGCCAGGUGUUUCUAAGGGGGAACACUAAUAAAUCACUGAUAUGAUAAA